AUGUCUGUGCAAGUUGAAAAUCUGCUAAAGGAGGCGCAGCUCCUUGGAUAUAUUGACACCAAGGAAAUUCAAGAAUAUGUUCGCACUCGUCAACAAGAAAUGCGUGACGAAAGAGCAGCUCAACGUGAGUACGAAAAGGAACAGCGGGAGCAUGAGAAGCAACAGCGCGAACACGAAAAGCAGCAACAAGAGCUGGAGAGGGAGAAACUCGCUGCGGAGGAACGACGCCUUGAGUGGGAAGGAGAGAGAGAACGAGAACUGAUGAGGCAUGAAAAGGAAAUGUUACAGCUGCGGUUGUCGUCUGCAAUUCCGUUGCCUAACCCAACACCAAGUCACCAGUUCCCGACUCAUCGCCUUCAGGUGUCCAAAUAUGUGGAAGGCCAGGAAAUCGAGCCUUUCAUUGAGCGGUUCGAGAUGGUUGCCAACACUUACCAACUAAAGGAAGAUAUGAAGAAGGUGGAGUUCAUGAACCUUUUCGAUGGCAAGCCACUAAACAUUCUCCACCGUCUGGAAGCUGCAACACGCAACUACGCAGGUAUGAAGAAGGCACUCUUACAGGCUUAUGGAAAAACUGUGGAGGAUGCUCGGAGUCAGUUUCAGAGUGCGAUGCUUCAAGAUAAAGAAACUGUGCCGCAGUUUCAUGCUCGCCUAGCUAGUUACCUGGAUCAGUGGUUAGAAAAGGACGAGACACCGAAGAUAGUUGAUGGGAUACGAGACUUAAUGCUUCGUACACAACUGGAACAGUCUUGUCCACCAGAUUUGGUUGCUCGGAUGAAAACACACAAAGUUAAGGACAUGAAGACGAUGGUCGACAUGGCAGACGCUCACUUUGCAGCCUAUGGUUACAACACUAGGAAGCAAAUAAACAAGAAAUUUCCAAAUCGGCAUUCCCUACAACGGCAAGAGUCGAGCAGUGCCACUCCAUCAAUUCAGUCUCACCAACAACUAAAGCAGCAUCAGCAAUCCUACGAGAGAAGUAAACAUCAAUACCGGGGUGGCUGA